AUGAAUUAAUGCCUCAAUAAAUUAUUAGGAGCUCUAGAUCACUUAUAUGAAGCUUUGUUUCAAAAAAUAAUUGAAAUAUUUGCAAGACAAGGAAUAAUUAGACCAUUCAUUAGAAGACCAGCAGUUCCAGCCAUAGAGCUACAACCCAUUGAUAAUUCCUUUUAAUAACCAUUAGUCUUGCAUUCUUGUACAUCUACACCUGUCUUUGCUCAAAGCUAGUCUAUAUAUCGUAGAGCAGAAUCAGAGAAAGAUUUUAGAAAGUAUAUGAUCCCGAAGUAUACUAUUUUAUUAAUUAAGUCUAGGAGACACAAUAAAUAAAGUAGAUUCUUAUUCUAAAGAUGUCAGCUUAUUGAAUUUGUUUGAUGAUUAAUUAGAAUAAAAUAAAUAUUUAAGUAACUAGGAUAUCUAGGAAAAAGGUCAUAAAUUGUAAACUAUAAUCGAAGAAAAUAAAAUUUAAUAUAGCAGUAAUGAAGGAAAUCAGAGUCAAAACUAAACAUAAUAAUUAACAAAAAACUAGUAAUAGAUAGAAAAUAACAAGCCUCAAAACGAACGAUAAGAUCAGCUAAACUUAAACUCUUAGGAAUAAGAUUAAAAUGAAUAGUUUUAUUCUAUCAUUGAUAAUCCUGUAAAAAUUACUUAAUCAGAAUAAUUUUUCAGUAUUAUUGAUAAGAGUUCUUUUAGAGUAAGUUUUAAUAAAUACCAUUCUAAGAAAUGA